AGCCUCGGUACUGAGGGGAGGGCCAGGAGCUGCGCCUGCAGCUCUGCGGGAGCCCGGCGCGCGAGCCCGGAGCGCCGCCCCUCGCUAGGGGCAGUUGGUGAGAAGAGCCAUGGACAUAGGCCAGGAAUGGGAAAGCAGGGUCAGCUUUUGGUGAGCGCGCAGGCCUACCUAGCACUGGGGUUGCCUGCUGCCUGAUCACUGUUUACCUGCCUGGGGCUUAUGCAAGACUUUGGCGCUGCCCUGCUCCCUUGGCCCCGCCCACCUGUCCUCUGUAACUGAAGGAAGGCGGGUAAUUAUCUCAUGAGGUAUUGUUCCACGCAUUUUAUUGAUGAGGAAGCAGAGGCUCAAAAGAUUAUUGCUCAAGUGCUAUACAUGAGGUGAAGAGCAGAGCUAGGAUUUUCUAAGCCAGAUCCAUACUCUAGUCCAGUGCCUUUCCUACCAGGACCCCUCCUACCCAUGGAGCAGGCAUCUACCAUGGAGCCCCGAGGCCCUGUAGACCACGGAGUGCAGAUUCGCUUCAUUACAGAGGCAGAAGGUGGUGCUGAGAUGGGCACGCUACGCCGUGGUGGGCGACGUCCAGCAAAAGAUGCUAGGGCUAAUACCUAUGGAGUGGCUGUGCGGGUACAGGGCAUUGCUGGACAGCCCUUUGUGGUGCUUAACAGUGGAGAGAAAGGGGGGGACUCCUUUGGGGUCCAAAUCAAAGGGGCCAAAAACCGAGGGGCCCCAGGAACUCCAAGCUCCGAUUCAGAAUUCCCUGAGAACCCCUACUCUCAGGCCAAGGACUUCCCUGCCCCCUCCCAGGGUAGCACGUCUGACGAGGAACCUGGGACCGGAUGGCACGGAAGACUGCUCCGUUCUCAGUCGCAGGCCUCCCUAGCUGGCCCUGUGCCUAUGGAUCCCAGUAGCAGGAGCAUCAGCUUGCUGGAGCUAGUGCCCCAAGAGGCGUCCCCAGGUAGCACCAUCGACACUGCUCCUUUGUCUUCAGUGGACUCCCUCAUCAACAAGUUUGACAAGCAGGUGAGAGGCCACGCCCGAGGCCGGACUGGCCGCCGCACUAGGACACUGCCACAUGAACAGCAACAGCGCAAGAGGAGCCAGAGUCUGGACAGUCGCCCCCCCAGGGACACGCUGGGAGAGCGAGAGCGCCAGUCCUCCAACCACUGGGCCCCUAACGCCAAGUAUAAUAGUCACGUGGACAGCAUAAAACAGUCACCCCAGAGCCCUGUUGGUGGCUUUUCCCGUUCCCGGCAGACUCAGGACUGGGUUCUUCAGAGUUUUGAGCAGCUACAGGAGACAGCACAGGAUCCCACCUUGUUGCAGUUCAAAUCAACACCAGACCUUCUCCGAGACCAGCAGGAGGCCACCCCAGCAGGCAGCGUGGACCAUGUGAAGGCCACCAUCUAUGGCAUCCUGAGGGAAGGAAGCUCAGAAAGUGAAGCCUCAGUGAGGAGGAAGGUUAGCUUGGUGCUGGAGCAGAUGCAGCCUCUCAUGAUGGUUGCGCCCGCUUCUACCAAGGUCCUGGCAGAGCAGGGUGAGCUGACCCGAAAAGUGGAAGAGCUACAGAAAAGACUGGAUGAAGAGGUAAAGAGGCGGCAGAAGUUAGAGUCUUCCGGAAUUGGGCUGGAGCGGCAGCUGGAGGAGAAAGUGGAAGAGUGCAGCCGGCUGCAGGAGCUGCUGGAGAGGUGGAAGGGAGAGGCCCAGCAGAGCACCAAGGAGCUACAGAACAUGAGGCUCCUCCUGGACCAGGAGGAAAGGGUACGACAUGGGCUGGAGACCCAGGUGAUGGAGCUGCAGAACAAGCUGAAGCAGGGCCAGGGUUCUGAGCCUGCGAAGGGGGCACUCCUGAAGGACCUGUUGGAGACCCGGGAGCUUCUGGAAGAGGUUUUAGAGGGGAAGCAGCGGGUGGAAGAGCAGCUGAGGCUGCGGGAGCGGGAGUUGACAGCCCUGAAGGGGGCCCUGAAGGAGGAGGUGGCCUCCCGUGACCAGGAGGUGGAGCACGUGCGGCAGCAGUGCCAGCGGGACACAGAGCAGCUGCGCAGGAGCAUGCAGGAUGCAACCCAGGACCAUGCAGCGUUGGAGGCCGAGAGGCAGAAGAUGGCUGUACUGGUACGGGAGUUGCAGAGGGAGCUGGAGGAGACCUCAGAGGAGACAGGGCAUUGGCAGAGCAUGUUCCAGAAGAACAAGGAGGAGCUUCGAGCCACAAAGCAGGAACUCCUGCAGCUGCGGAUGGAAAAGGAAGAGAUGGAAGAGGAGCUUGGGGAGAAGAUGGAGAUCUUACAGAGGGAUUUAGAGCAGGCACAAGCCGGUGCUCGAGAUACUCACCAGGUUGAAGAGCUUAAGAAGGAGCUGCGCCAGACACAAGAGGAGCUCAAGGAGCUGCAGGCAGAGCAGAAGAGCCAGGAGGUAGCUGGGCGACACCGGGACCGGGAGCUGGAGAAGCAGCUAGCAGUCUUGAGGGUGGAGGCUGAUCGAAGCCUAGAGCUGGAACAGCAGAACCUCCAGCUACAAAAGACCCUGCAGCAGCUGAGACUGGACUGUGAAGAGGCCUCCAAGGCCAAACUGGCAGCCGAGAAGGAGGCCUUGGUGCUGGGGCAGCGUCGGGCAACAGUGGAAACCACACUUCGGGAGACCCAGGAGGAAAAUGACAGCUUCCGCCGACGCAUCCUGGGUCUGGAGCAGCAGCUGAAGGAAGCCCGAGGGCUGGCGGAGGGCGGGGAAGCGGUGGAGGCGAGACUUCGGGACAAGGUGCAGCGGCUGGAGGCAGAGAAACAGCGACUUGAAGAGGCACUGAAUGCAGCGCAGGAGGAGGAGGGGAGCCUGGCAGCAGCCAAAAGGGCCCUAGAGAUCAAGCUGGAUGAGGCCCAGCGGGGCCUGGUGCGCCUGGGGCAGGAGCAGCAGGCUCUGAACCAGGCUCUCGAGGAGGAGGGGAAGCAGAGGGAGGUGCUGCGGCGAAGCAAGGUGGAGCUGGAGGAGCAGAAGCGUUUGCUGGACAAAACUGUGGAACGACUCAACAAGGAGCUGGAGCAGAUUGGGAAUGACUCCAAGCAAGCCCUGCAGCAGCUCCAGACUCAGCUGGAAGAUUAUAAGGAAAAAUCCCGGCGGGAGGUAGCAGAUGCUCAGCGCCAGGCUAAAGAUUGGGCCAGUGAGGCUGAGAAGACCUCUGGAGGGCUGAGCCGCCUUCAGGAUGAGAUCCAGAGGCUGCGGCAGGCCCUGCAGGCCACCCAGGCUGAGCGAGACACGGCCAGACUGGACAAAGAGCUGCUGGCCCAGCGACUACAGGGACUGGAACACGAGGCAGAGAACAAGAAGCGCUCUCAGGAUGACAAGACCAGGCAACUGAAGAGCCUUGAGGAAAAGGUCUCUCGGCUGGAAACCGAGUUAGAUGAAGAAAAGAACACAGUAGAGCUGCUAACAGAGCGGGUGAAUCGUGGCCGGGACCAGGUGGACCAAUUGAGGACUGAGCUCAUGCAGGAGAGGUCUGCUCGGCAGGAUUUGGAGUGCGACAAAAUCUCCUUAGAGAGACAGAAUAAAGAGCUGAAGACCCGGUUGGCCAGCUCAGAAGGCUUUCAGAAGCCCAGUGCCAGCCUUUCUCAGCUUGAGUCCCAGAAUCAGUUAUUGCAGGAGCGUCUACAAGCUGAAGAAAGAGAGAAGGCAGUUUUGCAGUCCACCAACCGAAAAUUGGAGCGCAAAGUUAAAGAACUAUCCAUCCAGAUUGAUGAUGAGCGACAGCAUGUUAAUGACCAGAAAGAUCAACUGAGCCUGAGGGUGAAGGCUUUGAAGCGGCAGGUAGAUGAAGCCGAAGAGGAAAUUGAGCGACUGGAUGGCCUGAGGAAGAAGGCACAACGUGAGCUGGAAGAACAGCAUGAGGUCAACGAACAGCUGCAGGCCCGGAUCAAAGCCUUGGAGAAAGAUGCCUGGCGCAAAGCUUCCCGCUCAGCCACUGAGUCAGCCCUCAAACAUGAGGGGCUGAGCUCCGACGAGGAAUUUGACAGCGUCUAUGACCCAUCAUCCAUCGCGUCGCUCCUGACGGAGAGCAACCUCCAGACCAGCUCCUGUUAGUUACUGGUCUUGAACGUCCAGAGGCAGGCCCCAGGCCUCUCUCAACCAGCCAUGCUCAGCCUCGCCUCGAUGUCUGCCUAGGAUUCCUCUUUCCUAUGGUGACCCAAUUACUCAGACCCAAGACAGGGAGGGAUCUGAGUCACAGUGAUGAAGAAGAUAGUAAGAAGUUGAAGUAUGGACUUGACCUUUCCACUGGAGGAAUGGGUGUUUUAGGCUUACUGAGUCCUUCCCUUGGGUGCCAACCCCUCUUUCAUCUCUGUGAAAUGAGAUGAAACAAGUGGAAGGAUGGUCAGCACAGAAACUGAGGGGGCUGAAAGGAUCAGAAAGAAUAUAAGUUGCCAUGUGUAUAAAGCUUUAUGUCUUUAGCCCUUAACCUUAUGGCUCAGGGAAGUACCCAGCGCUAUUCUGCUCUCUGGAUUCCUGCAAGCUGUUUUCCUCCUACUCUGAAGCAGGGUGCAGAAGCUCUAUGGGUAACAGACAUGCAGGCGUGGCUUUACCCAUUUCUCAGAUUCCUUUCUGCACAGUUGUAGGGCUCAUAUGAUAGUCCCCACACCCCUUCCAUCUCUACAUUUUUGUUUUGUUUUUUGUCUUUUUGAAACAGGGUCUCUCUCUGCAGUUCAGGCUGGCCUUGAGCUCACUUUGUAGCCUAGGUUGGUCUUAAAUUUACAACGAUCCUCCUGUCUCAGCCUUCCAAGUGCUGGGAUUACAGGCAUGUGCCACCACACAGGCAUAGUCUGUACAUUUUUGUCUUCUCUGAGCUAGUGGGUCCAGGAGACCCUUCAUCCCCUCCCCUUCCAUCUUUACCAUUUGUACCCUACCUUUCCUCUCAGUGCCUUAGCCAGGGUGAGGAGAUAUGGAUACUCUUCUUGCCUUUUAUACCUGCACAUUCAUACCUCUCCCCAAACCAGCCUUUCCCCAAUGGGGCCUCAGCCUGCCCUGCUUCCCCAGAGGGCCACCAGCUAUGCUGCUGAGGAGCCCUGGAGAGGGACUCCCAUAGGGCUCUAAAGGUAGUGGGGGCCUGAUUUUGCUCAGGGUUUUCACCUGUUGUUCUCUCUCUCCCCUUUGGCGCUGGAUGUGGCUAUAUAUAAGAUGGCUGCACAUGGGGAUCCUGACAACUGUCUAUACAAGUUCCAAAAGCAAAAGGUCUCAGAGGCCUUCCUGUGGUUUCUGUGGUCAGAUCUCAGCAGCCUCAAUAGGGAACUAAGGGACCAUCACUUUCUCAGGACCUUCACCUGAGGUUAGGAGCUCAUCUUGGAGAUGGAAAGGGGCCGUGGAGAAUGUAUUUCUCUUGGGGGUUUUAGGGAGAGCCAGGCGCUGGUGGGGAAGGAAGGGGACUGAUUCACUUCUCUUCCAAAGCAGGUUCUGUGGACAAGCUGGGAGGAAGGCUGUUCUCACCAAUGACUUGUAAUUUUAUGAUUUUUUAAAGAGUCCUAUAUCUGCAAAUCAGAGAUUCUCUCCCAAUGCAACUCAGCCUUGGUUUUAUUUUAAAUUAAACAUUAAAAGUAUAUAUCUAUAUUUAAA